AUGUAUAAUGGUAUUGGUUUGACGACGCCACGAGGCUCUGGUACUAACGGAUAUGUGCAAAGAAACUGGGCGGGAGUGCGGAAAACCAAAGAUUCAGUGAAUUAUCGCACUGAGGAAGAAAUAGCCAAGUUGGAUUCUGCGUCAAACAAACAGCCGAACCGGGAGAUUCUUGAUCAUGAGAGGAAAAGGAAGAUUGAGGUGAAAUGUGCAGAACUCGAAGAUAGUUUGGAGGAACAGGGGUUGCCGAAGGAGGAGAUCGCGGCGCGAGUGGCUGCCUUCAGAGCGAAGAUCUCCACCACCAGCACUGGAGAAAAGGACGUGCCGAGGGACGAAUUCGGGAGAGUUGCCGUUCGCGAGACGCACGCGGUGGCCGAAGCCCAGCAGGAGAAGAACGCUCGGCUGCGUGACGCGUUCGGUAUCUCGCCGCGGUUCGUGGAGGGCUCCAGCUUGGACCCCGAGCGACGCGCGCGCGAGCACGCGCAGCGCUACCCGCUCGUGCGCACGCCCAGCCACGAGCGCGACGGGAGAGACCCGCACCCACCAAAGAGGAAGAAAAAGAGAAGUACAUCACCAGAUGGCAAGAAGCUGAAGAAGAAAAAGUCAAAGAAAAAUAAAAAGGAGAAACAAGAAGCGAGCAAGAAAAAGAAGAAGCGCUCCAAGUCACCACCAGAGUCCGACAGCUCGAGUAGCUCGGAGGGGGCACAGGACAGCGACUCCGCAUCCUCGGACGAUGAACGACACAAAAAGAAAAAGAAGAAAAAAUCGAGCAGUCGACGACGCGGCAGCAGUGAAGCUUCGAGUCGUGACAGUUCCCCAGUAAAAUACCCAAAAGAGAAGAAUCGUGAUCGAGAUAGAGAAAGAGAAAGGGAUAGGGAUCGCGAUCGCUCCGUUGAAGACAGAAAUAAUGACAUUCAGCACAGAAAAGUAGACCGAGAGGAGAGAAACAAGAAGUACGACAAACGUGACGAGCCUCCACCGCGGGAGUCCCGCCACACUGAUAGGCGACGACAACACUCCUCCUCAGAGGACAGAGACUCCUCGCCAGAGUACCGACAGAGGUCCUACAUUACUAAAAUAGAAAACAAGAAGCGAGAGCCUUCUGUAGAAUCAGACAGAGAGAAACGAAAGAGUUCCAAGCGAUCGAAACGUGACCGCCAGCGGUCUUCCCCGGAAUCUGAAUCAGAACCCGCUCCCAAAGGCAGGUCCGAGAAGAGAAGCAAGAAACACUACUCUAGGGAAUCCAGCUCCUCUCCACCACCGGAAAAGAGGCGACGAAAGAGUCCCUCUCAGGAAUACAGAAAGCGGAACGAAGAUACUUACUACAACAAGAAAGAAACUAUCAAAGAAAAUAACAAAAACCAUAGAGACGACAGAGAAGAACGUAAAGCUUCCAGGAGAAGUGAAUCCCCAGACGACAGAUACAGCCGGCGCGAGAACUCCCACCCCAGGAGGAAGGAAAAAGAUAACAAAUAUGAAAAGAAUCAUAAGAAUAAUCAUGAUAAUUAUGAAGAUACUUCAUCUAAACGAAAAUUUAGAGACGUGUCUGAAGACAAACCACGGAGGAAGAAGGACAGGAGUGUUUCUAGAGAUAAAAGAGACUCUUCCUCGGAAUACAAAGAAAAGUCGCCUGUCCACAAAAGUUCUAAGAACAGAGAAUCUCGAAAAGAGGAGAAAUCGCUAAAACGACCCGAAAGAAAGUACUCGUCAUCCGAGUCCGAGUCAGAACCAGCUCCUAAACAUAAAUCAGAUAAAAGUAAAAACAAAGCUCGCUACUACAAAGAGAGGAGCGAGUCCCCACCACAGAGAGAACAUCGGAAACGAAGCCGUUCCUCUGAACACAAGAGGAAAGAAUCCCCUCCGGCUAAAAGCAAAGGUGACAAACACAAGAGUCGGAAAUUAGAAAGUAAACGUGAAAGCAGUAAGCCCACCAGGAAGUCCCCUUCACCAGAAGAACGAUCUCGGCGCAAACCGUCACCAAGUCGGUCUAAAUCUCCAACACCACGCAAAAGCUCAAAAAAGGACAAACGAAAGAGUGUAACACCGGUUAAGAAAAGCAAAAAGUCGUCAGAGCGAGGCACCACGGACCGCCGCACCUCGCCCUCCAAGCCCGAGCACCGCGAGCGGGCCGACAAGGAACGCAACCACGACAGUCGGCCCGCGCACAGGUCGCGCUCGCGCUCCGCACGCAAGAGUCGAAGCACUUCUAGUCUAAGUUACUCUCCAGCGCGCCGCAGCCCCGAGCGAUACAGAGACAUCAUAGAGAAAUUACCUGAAAAGGAUAAACGCAAAUACAUCAAAUCUCCGUCAGAUCUACAACCCAAAAAGAAAAGCAGCAAAGAUUUGGCCGAGAACUACAAACCGAAAGCAGUUUGCAUGCGCAGCUCGUCCAGUGAACUCGAAGACCAUGAGAUUGAAUUUUCAAGGAUAGACGAUAGGCUUCGGCAGGAGGAAUUAGACGUCAAAGAACUCAGUAGACUGAAAGAAAGACUGGCUAAACUAGCUAAAGUGUCAAUAGAGCGCCGGAGAGUCGAGGAAAUGAUGAACCGACCGUCGACGUCGACAUCAUCCUGGCAGGACACGCGGGAUGAGUCUCAGCCGAGAGAAACGGAAGUAGUUGUCGAAAAUAAUAAAAGGAAAGAGAAGAGUCCCGUUAAUCCUGCUAAAGAUAAGGCUAAAGAGAAAUCUCCUGCUGCAGUGGAAGAAGUUAAAAAGAGCCCAGAAGUGGCUAAGGCACCGAGCCCUAAAAAAGACGCGAGUCCACCGGUGAACGUGGAGUCGUCGCCGGAGGUGAGGAAGAGUGAGGAGGUGGCGGGCGGAGGCUCGCGGCGGCGGUGGUCGCGGUCGUCGUCGCGGCGGUCAGUGUCGCGGUCGCGGUCGUCGGUGUCUCGGUCGCGGAACAAGUCGUCCCGCUCCCGCUCGCGGUCGCGGUCACGCUCGCGCUCCUCCAGGUCCAGGUCGCGCUCCUAUUCCUCCUCAAGACGGUCUCGCUCAAGUCGGUCGUCCUCGUAUAGCAGCCGGAGUUCUUCCAGGUCUUCGCGCAGCACAUCGAGGUCCACCCGAUCGUCUAGAACAAUGACAGGCGUAUACGCGGAUUACCGUAGAUCGAGCGAGUCGCGCGCACGCACGCGAUCACGCUCGCCUUCCAUACCGCGCCGCGCUGGCUCGCCCAGCUUCUUGGAUAGGCGACGGAUCACGAGCGCGCGCAAGCGCCCCAUCCCGUACCGGAGGCCGACGCCAUCGACACCAACGUCCACCGUCAGCAGCCGCUCGUCGCAGCACAGCUGGUCCCGCUCCCCGCGACCCGACAGAGAAUAA